AUGAAGUCCGCUAUCCUCGCGUUCUUGGCCUUAGCUGCUAGUGUUUCCGCCCAUUAUACUUUCCCAUCGCUUGUCCUCGGUACCACUGACACGGCGGACUGGGAAUAUGUCCGCGAGACGAACAACUUCGAGACCCAAGCUCCAGUCACCGAUGUGACGAGCCCCGACUUCAGGUGCUAUGACACUGCGACGAACCCGACUGCCCAGACCGCCACCGUCGCCGCUGGCUCUACCCUCGGCAUCAUGUCUGACGGAACGAUAUACCACCCAGGUGUCGUCAACGUCUACAUGGCAAAAGCUCCCGCUGGCCAGACUGCAGCAACCUUCGACGGCUCCGGGACUGUCUGGUUCAAGGUGUAUGAAAUCACCGCUGUGACCGACGGCGGGUCGAGCAUAUCCUUCCCUGCACAGAACUUGCCAGGUGUGAGCUUCACGGUGCCGGAGAACUUACCCUCGGGAGACUACCUCGUCCGCAUGGAGGCGAUCGCGCUGCACACUGCGUCCACGUUCGGUGGUGCCCAGUUCUACCUCUCGUGCGGUCAGGUCACCGUCACUGGCGGUGGAAGUGGCACCCCAGGUCCCCUCGUAGCUAUCCCAGGCGUCUACACCGGCAACGAGCCCGGAAUUCUCCUCAACAUCUACUACCCCGUCCCUGUCAACUAUACCCAGCCCGGUCCCGCCGUCUGGUCCGGGUGAAUUACCUACCGGAGGUCAUCAUCGAUUUCUGCAGCGAGAAUGCGUGUGUAAGAGUUUGUGAUGGAGGGGUAAUUCUAUUUCGCUUGUGUUGUAUAGAUCGGUGUACGACUCGGAAUUCA